AUGGUCAACCAAAGCUCCCCAGUGGGCUUCCUCCUUCUGGGCUUCUCUGAAUACCCAGGACUUGAAAGAAUCCUCUUCAUCAUUGUCUUGAUUUCUUACCUCCUGACUCUGGUGGGCAACACACUCAUCAUCCUGCUGUCUGUGCUGGACCCCAGGCUCCACUCUCCUAUGUACUUUUUCCUCUCCAACCUCUCCUUCCUGGAUCUCUGCAUCACUACCAGUUUUGUCCCCCAGAUGCUGGUCAAUCUCUGGGGCCCAAAGAAGACCAUCAGCUUCCUUGGCUGCUCUGUCCAGCUCUUCACCUUCCUGUUCCUGGGGACCACAGAGUGCAUCCUCCUGACAGUGAUGGCCUUUGACCGCUACGUGGCUGUCUGCCAGCCCCUCCACUAUCCUGUCAUCAUCCACUCCCGCCUGUGUUGGCAGCUGGCAUCUGUGGCCUGGGUAAUGGGUCUGGUCCAAUCAGUAGUCCAGACACCACCCACCCUCAGCCUGCCCUUCUGCCCCCACCGGCAGAUAGAUGACUUUGUAUGUGAGGUCCCUUCUCUAAUUCGACUCUCUUGUGGAGACACCAGCUUUAAUGAGAUCCAGUUAGCUGUGUCCAGUGUCGUCUUCCUGGUCAUGCCACUCACCCUCAUUCUUAUCUCUUAUGGUGCCAUUGCACAGGCAGUGCUGAGGAUUAACUCUGCCAUAGCAUGGAGAAAGGCUUCUGGGACCUGCUCCUCCCAUCUCCUUGUGGUCACUCUCUUCUAUAGCUUAGUCAUUUCUGUCUACCUCCAGCCCAAAAAUCCCUAUGCUCAGAAGAGGGGCAAGUUCUUUGGUCUCUUCUAUGCAGUGGGCACUCCUUCACUUAACCCUCUCAUAUACACCCUGAGGAACAAGGAGGUCAAGAGGGCGUUCAGGAGGUUGCUGGGGAAGGACGGGGUCUCCAGGGAGAGCCGAGGGAGAGCUGCUUGA